UUAGACUAGAAGCGAAGUGCUGAGUCCACGCAUAUAAACGGCCAGUACAAUGUCAGCAAACAAUACCAACACAUGCAACGGUAUGACCGUAUGACUGCAACAGCCAAGUGUUGUUUCCUUUUUAUUUGCUGUGUUGAUUAUGUACAACACUAGGCUAGUUUAGGAGCAUAGGGGACGAUUUUUCCUGCUUUGUGGGGGAAAAAAAAACACGGGCAAAAAGCAGUAGUAACUUUUUAGGCAAACGGUCACGAGUACCAAAAAAAAAGCAGGGCGUGAAAGUGUGACAAUGCGUACGAGAUAGUUCUGUGCGGGCGUAGAACAAGAGGAAAGGUUUUGAUGGUGAUUCACAGCACCAGUGCAAACAGCAGGUAGCAAAGCAACAAUAACAUAACACAGCGAAACCAAUUAUUUCGCCUUUGCCGAACCUGUCGAUCACGUACUACUAUCAACGCACAACAGGCAACUCAAACCGAAGCAGCACAAUGGAAAAGGUGGAAGAGAUCAAGUACAAAGUGCUGGAACUGAUCAACAAAAAGAAAGAGGUAAAGAUUCCAAAGAUGGGCUUCACGGAUUAUUAUGUGCAUCAGCAGCAGGUAGCCCGUGUUGCCGCAACGCCUGCCCCGGGUGGGCACGCGAAAGCUUCGAUCCAAAACGUUCCUACAGCAGUCGUUAGCAGCAUACCGCAGUACGACUGGGCGGAGGAAAUAACGGGCCAGCGGACGGGCGAACCGGAUGAGCAGGCCGCCUCCGACCAGGAAGUGCUGGAAUCGACUGAAGCGAUCUACUUCGACGGUGGAAGCAAUACGGGACUGCACGAGCUACGAAAAUUGUCCGAAUCCGGUCAGCUGCUCGACUGUGGUUCGAUCGAACAGUCGAUGGGUGUGUUGCGGCGUCAGCAUCGUGUAAUUUCAAAGAAGGUCCUACAGCUGAUACUGGAGCAACGAUCUGCAUGUGAUGAGGAGUUUCAGCGCAUACGCGAAACGGAACGAUUGCUGCGGGACACGAUUGGAAUGUGUCGUACGGCGCGGCUCAAGCUCGACACUUCGAAGCUGUUGCUUACAACGACUAAUCUUGAGAUAUUGGCGGCGUACAAAAAGCGCCAAACGUUGGUUAAUUUGUUGCGCACGCUGAACGCACUGAAAAGCAUGCGUUCGAUCGAUCAGCGGCUGCAGCGAAGGCUUACAGAUGCAGAUUACGGCGGAGCGAUAGCGAUACUGCUCGAAAAUAAGAAUCUUUCGCAGCGGUUUCAUCAGUACCGGUGCGUGGAGUCACUGUCCCACAAGCUGCAGGAUACGCUGCUCCUAACGGAGGUACAGCUGGAAAGUGUGCUCGGCGAGAUGCCGUCCGAGUUUGAACCGGCCCGCUACCAGAAGCUGCAGGAAGCGUACCAACUGCUCGGCAAGCAGCUAAUCGCAAUGGAUCAGCUGCACAUGAACUUCGUUUCGUCCGUACAUACGGCCGCCUUUACCGUGCUGCGCCAACACAUGGAAGUUAGCGUGGAGGAAAGCAAAAAGCUCACGUACGAACAGAUGUGCGAGUGUGUACCGAUGGAUCGAUACGUCCACUGUCUGACAGCACUGUGUCGGGCGUUCUGGAAGAUACUCGUAUCGUACCAUCAGAUACGCUGCUGGCACCAGAACCGUUGCCUGUGCGAAAAAGCACCCGGUGCGGAAGGUGAAGCAUCGCCCGACCGUUCGUCGGCCACAUUUCAGCAGGAGUACAUACGCCAAAAGCUAGAAAGUGGACAGUUUCGGCUGUGGAACGACAUUCAGGCGAAGGUGUGCGUGUUCAUCGGCACCGGGCGGCUGUACGCCCUCAAGUACGAUCAGUUCGUGCAGAUACUGGCGAUCGUGCAGCGGCUAAAAAAGGUGGGCGGCGAGUUUUGUGACAGCCGGUCGGAAAAGUUGCUCGGUGCGAUGCAGCGCCAGAGUAUGGAAUUUUUCCAACGGUACCAUGCAUCGUGCCUGGAGGAGAUUGGGCUGUUCUUUGACCAUGAGGUUUGGGUACCGAUCGGUAGCUUUCACGAUGUAACACAGCUGCAGGAGUAUCGAAACUUUCGGCACGCACUGUCACGUACGGGGGCCGGUACGUCGGGCACCGCCCGGACCAGCCCGGCCGGUACGGAGCUGCUACCGGACAGUGCCUCAUCGCUGCACUCGCAGGACGAAAGCUCACUGUACGGUUCGUGUGGGUACUUUUUACGCUUCACCGAGAAAAGUUCCCCGUUCGAUGGUGGGUUCGACAGUACGAUGCUGGAGGAGGAUAUACUGGCGGGGAUUGCGGAUGAAUCGUCCUACUACUGUUCGGAGGAUAGUAGCGAUAACAAUGAGCAACAAUCGGCCGGUUCACCGGGCUCCCCACACAGACACAGUGGGAAUACCCAUCCAACGCAACCGUCACAGUCACCACCCUCACCACCGAUCGUGGUAGUUAACACCUCACUCACCGUGUUGCGCUGUAUCGGUCGGUAUCUCUACUUCUGCAAACUGCUUCACCCGAUCACGCCCCACAUCGUGCGUUCGAUGGCCGAAUUAAUCGACUACUAUCUGUACUCCGCGCACGAUCUCUUCUCGGCCGAUUUGCCCGUACCGCGCGAUAAUCUAUCGAGCGCCCGGCUACGGUCCGCCAUGCAGCGCAUACAGGCGGAACUGCUGCCCAAGCUGCGCCGCGUUUGGCCCCUGUCCGAUGAGAUGGUACGGCCGGAUUUGAUCGAUCCCGACACACUGUACGGGCUGCAGAAGCGUAUCGUCGCGUCCGAAAGCUGCGUCACGCUGGUCGCCCAGUUCCGACAGAUGGAAAGCUAUCUGGGCGGUUUGCUCGGUGGCACGGUGACGGUACCGUUGACCGAUGGCGAAGAUGGUUGGACGCAGGCAGCAUUGAGGGAAUAUCUUGUGCGCACUGCGGAGUAUGUGCCGGAUGUACGGAAGCCUAUCUUCAUGUGCUCGACCGCGCGCGUUAUCGAUCUGCAGGCGGUGUUGAAUGCGAUGGCCAAGGUGAAGUGGGAUGUAAACCAUGUGAAUGUACAACACUCACCGUACAUCGAUACGAUCAAUCGGGGUAUACAGUACUUUGCCAUGAAGCUGGAAGAACAAACCACCACCGUGAUGCUGCCGCAAGAUGUACUGUGGGAUAGCUUUGUGCACGUACUGACGCAUCUGCUCGUUGAAGGAUUCUCGAACGCCAAAAAGUGCUCGGCCGGUGGACGGGCCUUGAUGCAGCUUGAUUUUACCCAUUUCUGGUCCCUGCUGGAGAUUGUAUCCGGUGGCAAACAUCCCGAGCACCGCCUUUACGUCGAACAGUACGUGAAGGCGUACUAUCUGCCGAAGGAUCUGCUCGAACAGUGGCUGCUCGAACCGCACGGUUACUCGCCGAAACAUUUGAUUGGUUUGGUACAGUGUGCGUGCAGCAGUGAUAAGAAAACCCGCCAACGGCUGCUUGCGCUCGUCGAGUCGGCGACAACGCCAAUCGGAGCCACCACUAACGCAUCACCAACGCAGCAGCAACCGUCCGUUGAUAGUACGUCGCUGAGCGACGGACCGAAAAAGGUCGACAACUAAAUCGCGUGAACCUGCUUGUUGGUGGUGAUCGCAAAUUCCUACUCGCCAAUUGUCGGCAGUAAACCACACCCAACGCGAAGGAUGUUGGUACGCUUUUUGGGAAAGAGAUGCAGUAAAUCCGGACAUCGAGUCGUUCGGUAAAGUUGGUGCUUUGUAAGAAAACAAAAAAAAACAGCCUUUAAGCAAAGCUAAGAAGACCAUCAUCAAAGCACACAACCGGCCAAAAGCAAACAGCGGUUCCUGCGGUUGCUGUGUUUUAGCCGUACGGUUCGCAAUAUAGGUGUUUUUAUUUCUCCCUGAUUUAUGACCGCCCAUAAGUCACUUGUAAAGAUGUAGAACAACAGCAGCAGCAGCAGCAAAAAAAGGAAAGGAAUGAAGGCUUGCAGCACACGGACAUUGGGCUGAACCGAGGUAGUGGUGCGAAGCGUACGCGUCGAAAUUAUAAUAAUUAGAUCAAAGCCGAUGAUGGUCUGACAGCGCCUUCCAAAAUAGACGGUCAAGUGAGACACAACAAACAAAAAAAGCUGUGGAAGUUGUUGCGUACUUUGACGAACCGUCGACAAGAGCAGAAGGUGCGGGUAGUUCUAACCUUCUAAGAAUAGCAAAUGAACUCAGCAGACUGUUAAGAUUGUUAGGUUCGUUGAUGCAGUUUUAAAGUUUGUCCAUAAAAGUGUACAAUAAAGCUGUACACUACAUGUCAUAUGAGGUGAGGUGCAAGCUGACGAUCUUUAAAGACUAUUUUCAUCGCUGCAGACAGUAGAUAAGACUUUGGGAUAAUUUGGUACAGAAGUCAUUCGGAAUAGUGGAUCCUAGACAUCCGAUUCUUUGAGUAGAUUUGAAGAUGCGGGACUUUGGAUGAGUCUUCUUCAUAUCUGGCCUGGUCACGGUCGAGCACGUCGUGUAGACAUGGCCUGGUCGCCAAUCCGUUUCCAGGAAACUCGGUCCAGGGCUGCAGUCCUCCAU